GGUCUGCCGAGACAAGGGCAAGCCACCUUCGUCUCCCGUGGGUCGUGGACCUUUGACCCUCUCACACAUUCGCCGAGUCUCCAAAGGGCGCCGUACCAUCUUGUCCAAAAGUCUUGGCUUUCGUCCCAUUUUGCCAAAAGAAUGCCAAUCGCUCACCUACUCUCCCGCCCAGCCUUGGCCGGCAAGGACGGCGCAUUGGCAAAGGCUGCAAAGUCCUCAAUCUCUCCCCGACACGUCUUUCUGCUCACCUGAAAGUUGAGCCGCUCCCCUUUGCUCGCAAUACUGCUGUCACGACAGUAAAUCUCCCUCACCGGAAACCCCUCCUCAUUCUCUCGGCUCCGUUCCCAGCUUGCUCUUUUAAGGAAACGGACCCCUCCGACCCAGACGCAACCUCUCCCUGCUUGCUGACAGCUUCGGCUUUGCUGUAUUCGUCGUACCUUAUGCCAUCGCUACAACCGCGAAACACCCGCUACGACCGUCCCAUGCUAUAACCAGGGUCACUCACCACCGCCGCAUACGAACAAACCCACUCUGCGCCCCAAAGAACGGCCAACGGCCUUUCCUCCGACCUUUCUCCUACUGUGAUAGGGAAAUCAACGGCGUGUCACCGAGUCCCCGUCUGGCUCCCCCAGCUUCAACACCCGCCCUGUCAGCCUGGUCCGCUGCAUUGCAUAACCUUGCCUUACCCGUAUCGGUAGCUGUCCGACCCAUGAACCGCCUCCGGUGGCUAGCUCGUUGACGUCAAGCACUGCUGCACCUUUCGACCGGCUCGAGACUCGACCAAUCCACAUUCUACGUCGCCACGAUGAGGUGUUCGCAGCCUUCCGCCGCUCUGCUGUCACUGUGUUUCCUUUUCUCGAAUGCCGUUCUCGCCGAUGAUACGACCACUGUUCCGAUCUACCUGCCGCACUAUGAUGCGAAUAGCUGGUCGCAGCUGCGGGGGAGUGUAAUUUCAAGUAAUGCCAAAGAAACGACAUAUACCGUCUUCUGCCCGCCACAAACAAGCCCCAAUUGCGACCUAGCCAUCGAGUUCCCCUUCGUCUUCUCCGAGGGCGAGAGCACGCUUCAGUUCCACGGCACCAAGACAUCAACUCUCAUCGCCGAUCUGGGCUGCACAUUGAGCGGGACGACAGCUGCGACAUGUUCAGGAUACUCGAGUCUGAAGAGCGGAUACAUCAAUGGCAAAUUGACGGGACCGACCGAGGUGUCAUGGACAUCGACUAUGACCGGCUCUGAGGUGGAAUGGGGUAUUCUCACUAUGGCCGAGGAGCCCGCGGCAACAGCAACCCCAGCGACGACAACGACUGCCGACAACUCGAACUUUGACGACUUCUUAUACACGGACAGCCUGUCGCCUUCAUUACCUGCCGAAACCAACCCGAGCGCUGCCUCUCGUCUUGGUCGAGGCUGGGCUCUCAUUGCAUCAGUAUGCAGCAUGGUAGUUGUCGCGUUGGUGGCAUAACCGGCCACGUUUCUACGCCCUCAGACUACCUACCUUGGGCACACUAUACCCACUAUGGCGAUCACAAAUGAUCUGCCCCUCGGAAUCCGAAAGAAAACGAAAUAGAAAACGGCAUCAUCAUCAUGGAAAGGCAGCAUACGAAGCAGACCAAAACUAGGAGCCUGGAUCUUGGGACAACGAUUUGGAGAGGGUGAUACAUUAUAGGAGUUUUGCCCUCAUGUCAGCGUAAAGGGGGAAGCAAGUGAAGGAUCGUUCGAGCCCAUUGUCUUUUCUAUCCAGAGAGCUUUGUCAUUUCUCGCAAUGUGCUCCCUUUUGGAGUUAUACCCCGUAUCGGCGUUGAAUUGUUUACGAUCAAGGGCUCAACGGCAAAUAUAAACAUGGAAAGGAGAGGAGAGGACGACUCCUAAUCCUAUGAUUUUCUGUGCAAUCAGUUUCAUCGAAUAUUCGUGUCAUUUUCCUACCGAGAGCAUAUCCGUCGAAGCAAAUAUGUCACUCAUCUUGUAAUCUUAGAAUGAACGGAUCCUUCGAGCAGUCACACGUUUGACAGGAUCCCCGCCGGAUUGGUCGGCAGUCCUGCGUUACGCUCCACGCAUGACGACAUGUGCGUGGAACGCGGACAGCUAUUAUAUUCGCCUCUUGGACGAUCGAUUCUUCACUAAGCAGCA